AUGGAUGCUACUGAAGCACAUCGUGAAGAAGAAGAAGACCAAGAAGACCAAGAAGAUGUGAUGCUGUUCUUUGGACGACGAGCGACUCCGGGCAAGUGCAAGACGAGACUGGCGAAAGAUUUGAUGAGGAUUUUGAUGGUGAACGAGGAGGAGGAGGAGGAGGAAGAAAGAAGGAGAAAGGGUGAAACGAUGGCGGCGAGAUUGUACGAGUUUUGCACGGAGAGAGUUUUGAGAGGAUUUUUGUUGGGGAGAGAAGAGAUGAUUCGUGGUACAAAUGUGUGUGCGCCUACGCCUCGUCGUCGUUAUCGCGACGGGGUGAUGAAGAAGCGUCUCCGGUUGGUGUUUUACGUCGCCGAAAAGGAGGAGGUUGAGAAAGUGCGAGAGUGGUUGGAGAAGAAAAAUCUUCUUUUCUUUGGAGACGAGGACAAAGACGACAAAGAAGAAGAAGAAGAAGUAGGAGUCGUCUCCUUAAGGAGGAGGAGGAAAAUAGAAAUCGAAGUCAAAGCGCAGGAUGAGAGCACGAACGAUUUAGGAUUGAGAAUGAUACGCGCCAUAAACGACGAGAUCUCUUCUUAUGCGAGUAGGAGUCCAGAAGAUGUAGGUGAAAGGAGUCGCCGCGUCUUUCACGUGGUCGGGACGGAUUAUCCGGACGCCUCGUGGGAACGGUUAGAAGAGAGCACGAAGAAGAUGCGAGCAUCGAAACCUCUGAAGAAUGACGCUCCGAAAAUAGGUUUCGGGAAAGCCGAAGAUGGCGGGUUUUGGCACCUGUCGACGACGUGUAGACUUAGCGAGAGUUUGUUCGGGAGCGAGGAGGAGAAAUUGGUUCGGUGGAGCACGAAUCACACGUUAGAAGACGCCAAAAAUGCGGCAAGGAAAGUUGGGAUGGUCCCACACGUGGAAGAUUCGUACGAUCCUUUGUACGAUAUAGAUACUUUAGAAGAUGUUAGAAAUUGGAUGAUUGCGACGACGACGAAUAGGAAGGAGGAGAAGUCGAGCGAAGUAGAAGAGGACGAGUUUACGAAACUUGUCGGGGAAGUUGUUUGUAUGCGUUGA